CGCGCACGCACAUGAUAGCUAGCCUAUAAGAACCACAGAAGAACACACGCAGAUUCAUCGAGAGAAAUGACGCAUUAACGAUGGAAUUUAGUUGGCUUCUGUUUACGGCGCUUUUUCUGCUCACUCUCAAAACAGGUGUGCUGCAGCCUGUCCUCACCCCCGGCGGCCCUCACCUGGUGGUGCAGAGGGGCGGGGCCUUCGCCCUGCUCUGUGAGGACGAGGGACCCGUGGAGUGGCGCAGGCCCAGUCCUGCCAGACGGCGAAGGGUGGAGGGGGCGGAGCCGCAAGAGCGCCGCAUCUCCAUAAGCUCCGCCCAGCAGCAACAGCACAUGGGCCGCUACACCUGCUCCAACCGCCGCGGCCAAAACGCCAGCAUCUACGUCUAUGUGCAAGAUGCUGGCAGUAUGUUCCAGCGUGCGCUGAUCCCAGACAUCAUGGCGAAAUCGGGCCACAGCUGUGUUCUGCCUUGCCUGGGGACGGACCCUGGCCUGAGUCAGCUGUCCCUGCAGCCCUGCAGUGAGCCCGCCCUGCCACCUGGCCUCACCUACAGCGGCAGCCUGGAGCGGGGCGUGACCAUCCACCGCGUGCAGAAAGCCUACGAGGGCUGCUACGUCUGUACCGCCAGGCUGGGAGGGGCGACGGUCAGGUCCAGUCAGUACAGAAUCACCGUCCUGCCAGUGGCAGAACACCUUCCCAUAAUACACCUGUCUGAAGGAGAGCUGGUCAUUCUGACCAAGGGCCAGACGUUUGAUGUAACGUGCAGUUCCAUCAACGUGAACAAUGACUUCCACCUGAACUGGACCUUUCCGCACGGCGUGCAACCGUUGCUAAGCAGGGCCUCGUCCCGCUUGUUGCCGAGCUCGGGAGGCGUCCUGCACAGCUCGUCUCUGAAGCUGAGCGCCGUGCGUCGCUCUGACAGCGGCCAAUACCACUGCCAGGCUCUCAACGAGGUGGGCGGGGCCACAGCCACCAUCACGCUGCAGGUUCAGGAGAGGGGCUUCAUCAACCUGACGGAGGUGGAGAACAGCACGGUGGAGAUCCGGGAGGGAGAAACACUUUCUCUGAGGGUGGAGCUGCUGGCGUAUCCACAGCCCCACAGUCUGUCCUGGGCCUGCAUGGAGCACACCCUCCGCAACACCUCCGACCACACCCUCACCUCCCAACACCUGGGCUACAGGUCUUUCAGUGAGCUCCGGCUGGUGCGGAUCAAAGCCUCAGAAAGUGGUGUUUACUCCUUCACCGCCCGGAGCCCCGAGGCACAGGCCAGUCGAGCCUUCGCCGUCCACGUGCUCAGUAAACCUGAAAUAAUAUCAAAGGAUGGGCCUGUUAAUGGACAGGCACGCUGUGUAGCUGCAGGCUACCCUACACCUGAGAUCACCUGGUACUACUGCAAACCACCUCACACACGGUGUUCUCACCUGCUGAACGCCUCUCAGGAGCGGGCUGUUUCCAUGGUGAUGGUGUCCAGCCCGGCCUUCGGCAGGUGGGCGGUGGAGAGCCGGGUGAACAUCAGCACCGGGGGCUUCCACACGCUGGAGUGCGUGGCCACCGCACAGGGCCAGGAGGCCUACUCCCUCUUCUCUGUGGGAGAACGUACCGUUCCACACAAGCUUUUCACACCAUUACUGACUGGCUUUAUUCUGGCAGCUGCCCUGCUGAGUGUUUGUCUGGUGGUGCUGUUCUACAGGUACCUGCAGAAGCCCAAAUUCCAGAUCCAAUGGAAGGUUAUUGAGAGUAUCCAUGGCAACAAUUAUGUUUACAUUGACCCCACUCAGCUUCCCUAUGACCCAAAAUGGGAGUUUCCCCGUGACAAACUGCGAUUUGGUAAAACUCUGGGCUCCGGAGCGUUUGGUGAGGUAGUGGAGGCCACAGCUUACGGGUUACUGAAAGCAGACACAGUGAUGACCGUGGCUGUAAAAAUGCUGAAACCCAGCGCUCAUGCUACAGAGACUGAGGCCUUGAUGUCAGAGCUGAAGGUGCUCAGUUACCUAGGAAACCACAUGAACAUAGUCAACCUGCUGGGAGCCUGCACUGUCGGAGGUCCCACUCUGGUUAUCACAGAGUACUGCUGUUUUGGGGACCUUUUAAACUUCCUGAGGCAAAACCGUGAGGCCUUCCUGAGCUGUGAGCUGGAGAACGGCUUUUACAAGAACAUCCCUACUCACCGAGAGCCAGCUGGAGACAGCAGCAGGAAUGGCUACAUGACCAUGAGACCAUCCAAUCCUUUCACUUCCCCACAGAGCAUCCGGAACGGUGCAGGCUGUGCUGAGGGUGAGGGUGACCAGGCGGAGCCAGUGUGUCUGCAGAUGGAGGAUCUCUUAAGCUUCUCCUAUCAAGUGGCCAAAGGCAUGGACUUCCUAGCAUCCAGGAAUUGCAUUCACAGAGAUCUGGCAGCCAGGAACAUUCUGCUCACUCAGGGACGCGUGGCAAAGAUCUGUGACUUUGGUCUGGCCAGAGACAUCACCAGCGAUUCCAACUAUGUGGUCAAAGGCAAUGCACGACUUCCUGUGAAGUGGAUGUCUCCAGAGAGCAUCUUUGAGUGUGUGUACACCCUGGAGAGCGAUGUCUGGUCCUAUGGGAUACUGCUCUGGGAGAUCUUCUCUCUCGGCAGCAGCCCGUACCCUGGAAUGCCAGUGAGUGCUGUGUUCUACAAGAAGAUCAGAGAGGGAUACAGGAUGAGAGAACCAGAAUUCACACCCAGCCACAUGUAUGAGGUGAUGCGGUGCUGUUGGGAUGGGGACCCGCUGAAGAGGCCUUCCUUCCACAUGAUAGUUGAGGAUCUGGAGGCACAGCUGGCAGACAGCACUAAACAUAUCUACAUGAACUUCAGCCGCAGUUUCGCACAUGACCAGCGGGGUGCGCACUCCCAGCGCCUAAGUUCAGUGGGCAGCAUGACUCAGCCCCUCCUCCACAGCGAUGCCUUCCUGUAACUAAAUCUGCGCACUUCCCUAAUCUCCAGCCACCUCUUAAUCUACACCAACCCUAAUCUACAAUUUCCCUAAUCUACAACUACCCUAUUUUAUACCACUCUAAUCUACACCUACCCUAAUCUACAAUUACCCUAUAAUCUACACCACGCUAAUCUAUGCCACUCAAAUCUAACACUACCCUAAUCUACACCCACCCCCUAAUCUACACCAACCCUAAUCUACAACUACUUUAUAAUCUACACUCACCCCUUAAUCUGUGCCACCAGAAUCUACACCCCCUAAUCUAUACCCAUCCUAAUCUAUACCACACUAAUCUAUACCCACCCCAAUCUACACCACCCUAAUCUAUACCCACCCUAAUCUACACCACACUAAUCUACCCCCACCCCAAUCUACACCACCCUAAUCUAUACCCACCCUAAUCUACACCACACUAAUCUACCCCCACCCCAAUCUACACCACCCUAAUCUAUACCCACCCUAAUCUACACCACACUAAUCUACCCCCACCCCAAUCUACACCACCCUAAUCUAUACCCACCCUAAUCUACACCACACUAAUCUACCCCCACCCCAAUCUACACCACCCUAAUCUAUACCCACCCUAAUCUACACCACCCUAAUCUAUACCCACCCUAAUCUACACCACACUAAUCUGCACCCUGGCUGGUGUAAACCACCUUGAUGGACAGCCCCCUAGACUGUAGACCGUUUUCACCAUUUCAUCUCCAGCAAAACCAACCCCCAUAAUUUACAUCCCCUAAUGUAUACCCUAUCAGUUUUCAACCCUAAUCUACAUCCCUAUUUUACAGCUCAAUGUACAAAACCCGUUCCCUACUCUACCCUCUACACACCCCUCCAAUGUACAUACCCCAUUCCCCAGUUUACUCUGCUUUGUGGCUGUUUAGUUUCUUUAUGAUUCUUUUGGGUUUUUCAAUUUUUUAAAUGUAUUUUUGCUUGCCGUUUUCAGUAUUGUCUGAUUUGUAUUUUUAUUUAGUUUUUAGAUUGUUCAUGGAGCAUUACCUGUAAAUUAUGUCAUUUGAUACACAAUAAAUAAAUAAUCCACA